AUGGAUGUUGAUGUCAAAGGAGAAUCGCUCGUCUCUCAACAGGUUGCCGUACAAGAAGAGCGGCAGCAGCCCGGGUCCUUGUCAUAUCCUGGCUCCCUGCAAACCAGCGGCAGCAUGCCGGAAUCACCGGUCCGUGGGAUGACCUUUCCGAUGCCUUCCCAAAGCCAGGGCUCUCCACCACCGUCGGCAAACAAGAAACACAAGUGCCCAUACUGCAAUACCGAGUUUACUCGGCACCAUAACCUCAAAAGUCAUCUCCUGACCCAUAGCCAGGAAAAGCCUUAUGUGUGUACUGACUGCCAAAUGCGCUUCCGCCGUCUCCACGACUUGAAACGCCAUGGUAAGCUUCAUACCGGAGAGAAAAACCAUGUGUGCCCUAAGUGCGACCGCAAGUUUGCUCGAGGUGAUGCUCUUGCCCGCCACAGCAAAGGACUGGGCGGAUGUGCUGGCAGACGAUCGAGCAUGGGUAGCUUUGCCGGCGAAGAUGAGCUGGAUGGCGGCAUUGACGGAGACGAAGCUGUCAUGACGGGCAUUGCCUACGAGAACCCCGAGGAAGAAGAACUGAGGCGACAAAGCUUGCCUAGCAUGACUGCCCAGCAUAUACCAGGCGGCCAGCCGGAUCAGUACAGCAGUCAUUCGCGGACGUACCCUCCGGCUGGAGUAAGAACUGCCGCAGCUGCCGGCCUAUAUGCCCCUAGUGGUGGUCAGGGCCAGACCGUUGGUACCGGCAGCUCGAGCGUGUCAACCAGUAUUGGGGGUAGCCACACACCGAACACCAGCAUCUCUUCGGUGGCGGUUGGCGGGCCAAAUGCCGGUCUCUAUGCACAGGCUGGUGUGCCGGAAACCGGGAAGCCACUGAGCCCUGGUGGUGUCCAAGGCCACGACGGCUCUGGUGUCGUACGGCAACGAUCGCCUAGCCUGUCUCAGCAGCUACAGCAGCAGCAGAUGGGAAGGCGACAGUCAGAGAUGCAGUCUCCUCACGGUGGACAAAACAGGCCUAAGUUGCCUGGCUUAACUCACCCUGGAUACGCCUCGACGGGCUCUCCAGGAUUCUCCCACGGCCGCCCGCCAACCGCAACCGCCACCAGCGGCGAUAGCGGCAACAUGUUUGCGCAGAGCGACCCAAGCGUAUGGGCCUACAUCCAGACAUUGGAAGAGAGAGUCAAGUCGCUCUCAGAUAAGGUGGUUUCGCUCGACCACGAGAUGUCUGUCCUCAAAAAGCAACUUGAGAGUCGUGAAGGGGUUCCUGCUGGAUGA